CAUUACAAAAGGCCGCGCUGAGCGUCUCUUGUUCCUGCCGCCGAUAAAUCUCCAUUCGAUUCGCGCCUGCUGUGUUCGUUGCUUUGACACCUGACAACAGGCGUGCCCGUCAACCCUCCUCCACAUGUGCUCUACGCUGCUGGGGAGCACAUGUCAGUUAUCGCAGGGCAAUACCGCGAGUCUGCUCACGGCACCUCGAUAUGAACGGACAUCCCCGCCAAGGCCAAGGCCAGGCGCCGACCGCCCGAGAUGAUCCGAGAUCGGCCGAGGGCUUUGAUGCCAUCAGUAUCUUAUCAGAUCCGACGACCGUCUACUACUACCUGCAGCAACCUCCAAUGCCCGCCAUGUCCAAUGACGGCGUUUCACCUGGAGCAACGCCCGGUAACUCAUACAACUCGAAUCCUACCCCGUCACCCACCUCGCACCCGCCGGUAACGCACGCCCAGCCGCGACCCUCGAGCUCGCGCGCAAUUGUGCCGACGCCCACCUCAACCAGCUUCACGCCCGUCACGACGACGACGGCAGCGUCACCCACCGGUGCCUCGCCCUCGGGCGCUGGCCCGACCAGCGGUAGUUAUGUAGUCCCGCCGCGUCCCAAGCCAGGCCGCAAGCCCGCGACGGACGAGCCAGCCUCUAAGCGGAAAGCCCAAAACCGCGAGUCGCAACGCGCCUUCCGCGCACGCAAGGCCGCCAAGCUCACUGAAAUGCAAGAGCAGGCCGACGUGAUGAGCAGGAAGCAUCGGGAAGAACUCAAUGAGAUGGUGGCUGAGCAACAUCGCCUCAACUCGGAGUACAACAACUGCCUGACGCAGCUGGAGGAAGCGAAGGAGAAUUUGCAGAGAGUCACCAAGGAACGGGACUACUGGAAGGAUCGCAGCUCCCAGAUCGAGGCUCAACACAACACCCUUCAGCAGCGACUGCGCGAGCAAAACUAUCCACUCAACCCGUACAGCGACCAGGCUACCGUCUUCUUUCCGCAGCAAAGCUCUCCGACUCGUUCUUCCAUUGGCUCGUUUUCUGGCUACAGCUCUCCCAAGUCCAUGACACAACUUGGAUGUGGGAACUGUAAACCUGGUGAUUGUGCUUGCAUUGCUGAGUUUUCUCAAGCUCCGAACCCUUUCGCCGGCAAUGUUCCGGUAAUCCAGCCACCGUCGCAGACCAGCUUCGUCGACCCGUUCGCAGAUCGGGAAAUUGAUUUCACCGCUCAGUUCUCUAAGCGCGGCAGGGCUGAUCAACAGCUGUCUGGAACCCUCCUCGCACAAAGCAAUGAGCCAGAUUCCAAGUGUGGCUUCUGCACAGACGAGUCUAAUUGCUUAUGCAGGGACCAGACGCUGCAGUUCCAGGAUGUCCCGCCUACGGAUGACUCUUUAAGUGUUAAGCUGGGUCCCGGUAGCUGUGAUGCCUGCCAGACCAAUCCCAAGCAGAGAGCCUGGUGCCAGAGGGUCGCGCAACUUAAGAAGGAGGAGUUCCGACCACCGGCAACGUCUCGGAACUCGAGCGUCAGCAGCACUCUAGAGACCAUGGAGCCACACAUACCGGAUGCUUCCACCCCUUAUGGUGCGAAGCAGACUCUUGGCUGCAGCGAAGCUUUCAAGUUGUUUGAUGGCCGUAUCUCGAUGGACCAAGACAAGCUCGAUUGGAUCAGUAAUCUCCGAAGAGUACCAUCGCAAGGCAGGCGGGAUACAAUGAUGCAUGCCUCGCGCCAGUACAGCGCCAUUGAGCUGGAUACUGCCGGCAUCAUUGCAACGCUGGGAAACACCAUGCAACCACUCCAGCCCCGCCAGGAGGACGGCGAAAACCAGGAUAUUGUGCGCGCGGCGCAGGAAUUCCAGAGAAACACGCAGUCACCGCACAGGAGCCCUAGCUAUCGCACCUAGUGACGCAGAACCAAAUUCCACAGCGGGUGCCGAAAGACCUCGAACGCGUUUGGGCAACGUUUGUUAUGACGAUGUCGGAGGUUACCCUGGAUUCUCCAUGUCUGACGCAGUAUGGCGAAGAUUUUGCAUGGAGAACCACCAGCUCGGGCGCGUGUUUUUUGCACUUUUUAAAUAGGCUCACUUUUAUGAGCAUGCU